GACAGUUCUACCCAACCCGCCGCACCCUUUUUCUCAGCUUCAGUGUGGAAGCAGGACAAACCGCCACAGAGAUGGAUUAACUCCCACACCCAACUCACCUCGACUUGUCUACAUUCAUGUCCAACUCCGAGCCUUCCACAAUUUGAUGAACCACCCCCAGCCUCAUCCCUGUGCAAUGUCGACGGGUGACACGUGGCAUGGUGGCGUUGCCUUGACAUCCUUGAGCAAUAAGAAGAGCACUGGAAGCUAUGACAGUGUAAUCAGCAUGAACUCUGGCUAUAGUGAGGAUAGCAUGGAGCACUUAUCUGCUGAGGAGAGGGCAUGCCUCAUGUAUCUGGAGCAGACCAUCGAGGCAUGGGAGAUGCAGGAGGACAGUGGACUAUCCAAUGACGAACCAGACUCGGUACUCCUUCUAGAGAAGAUGGGUCUGACUGAGGUUGAUGAUAUUUCCAGAUUAAACUUUGAGUCCAGAAUGGACCAGCGAUCUGAGACCUUGCCCACACUGCUGGGUGGCUUACCAGCAGAGGAGGCGUCUGAGUGCAUGACGUUCACCGAAGAAAACAUACCUGAGCAUUACCUUUUGAAUCAAAACUGUGAACCAAACUUCACCACUGUUUCCAGCACAGAAGAUCUUCGAACUUAUGUGAAUGUCAUAUCACGACCUCAACUUCUGGUUACUGGCUCAGUCACUGGUUGCGACAUCCCACUAGAUACAGAUACCGAGGGACUGUGUUUACCCCCCAUUGACGACUCUCCAAACGUAAUCACUUGCAUUACUCCAGAGAUAGAUGUAGGUCUGAUUCCCCCUCCAUCUGACUUCAUGGAUGAUCCUGGACCUGAUGCACAGCCCAGUCCUGAGCUUGCUCCAGAGCCUGAUCCAGAGGCCGACUGUGUCGAAGCCCCCCCUCACUCCAGCAGCAGCAGGCCGGUCUCUAUUGACUUGAAGCGGCUAUACCAGAGAGCCUUAGAGAAGAGACCUCCAGUUAGUCCCCCUGCUAACCACAAACAUCUGACAGACAAGCUCCCGAUCGAGGCUCGUCAGAGUCUCCCUGCCUUGGAGUCCCUUGUCCCAGUGAUCGUUCAUCCUGAAGUCACAGAGCCCAAGAGCCCACCCUUUGUGGCCCCUAGGCCAAAAAGGCUUUCAGUCAAAACACCACACCAGACACAAACAACAGAACCUAAUUCACCCAUUGCACCCAACGGCAAUCAGCAACUGUUGGACCACAAGAGAAUCCACCUUCAGGCCCUCCAGAAGCUUGGGCUGCUUAAAGGUUCUGUGGCCGAUUUGGACCCCUCCCUGAGUCAGGAGCUUUCUCCACAAACUCGAAAGUCAUGGGCAGAUCUUCCAUAUCGAAGCAGUCAGUCACUUCUAAAUUUAUCCAAUCUAACACCAUCAGAUAGCUUCAAAAGCAACGCGUCCCCUGGCUCUCCCUCCACUGCUUCGUCUGGCCCCUCUGCCUUCAGUGACCGUGCCAGACUUCUCUUGUCAGAUCGUGGACAAUCUCCUGUGAACAAUGUGUUAGCGGUUAAUACCCAGAUGAAAUUCCCUCCUCUCACACCUUCGGACCUGGUCAAGCAGUUAACCAAGGCCACAGGCGCACAAUCGGGUUCCACGGAGCACUCCGGCCAGCGCCUAAGCCGCCCCGUGGAUCGUCACAAAAGCAUUAGCGUUCAGCAGUGCCUCAGUCAUGCCAUUAGCCCGGACGUUCGGAGACGUGGCUCCUCCCACCAGCACUCUCAGAACUCUCACAAGGAGUCACGGUCACAAGGCGUCAGCGUGUUGAUCUGCCCUCGGGAUGAAAAUGGAGUGGGCCGCCGUGAAGCCCUGAAGAAACUCGGACUGAUCAGGGACUAAGACAAACUUUGCACCCUCUCAAAAUGCCACAAACCUUCCACAUAAUGAACUGUAAAUAAAUACACACAGACAUACAUCAUGUUCUGACUCACAGGAAGGUGUUGUAUUCCUUAGUGGAUGCCCUUGGGCUGAUGGACGCCCCAACAUCGCAAUCUUUAUCUACAUAUUGAUAUCCACUUACAGUACCUUAAAACCUAAGACUUCACUCAUCAAUGCCAUACCUCCGCUAGCAUCCACUACUUUGAUUGCAAACGUGCUCCUAAGACUGUCAGUCAAGCACUCAGGGAUUCAUAUUUUAACCCUUUCUUGGGCGGCUGUGGCUCAGUAGGGAGAGCAGGUCGUCCAGUGACCGAAGGGGAACUGAUUCAAAUCCUGGCUACAACUGUCCGCAUGUCGAAGUGUCCUUGGGCAAGACACUGAACCCUAAUUUGCUCCCAGCGGGCAUGGUAGCAGUUGGCCAUUGGUGUAUGAAUGUGUGGGUAUAUGUGAGGCUUUGUAAAGCGCUUUGGGCCCUGUGAUGGUGUCGAUAAAGCGCUAUACGAGUGCAGUCCAUUUACCAUUGACCAAGAAAAUACUUACCUUAACCUUAUAAAGGAAACGAAGGUUGUCUAUUACUGUCUGUUUUCACAAGUCGUUCCUUUUUUGACAACAGGCAAUGGUUUUUAUUUUUAAGAUUAUGCACUGAGGAUUUUGGCAGUGUACUGCAUAAAGGUGUCAAAAAGCAGGAAGCUGUUGAGUAAAUAAAAUAUGUCCUGCAUUGCUAGUAUCUCCCUUUUGUACAAAGACAGAAGCUGCAAGGGGAUACGAGUGUCAGACGUGUAGUUGGUGUGGUUAGCUUAUGUUGCAGCAACUGGAGUUACCGGUACAUGGACAUGGAGUGUUGCCUUCAGCUCUGUGGGUGGCUUUGGAGCUGAUCUGUAGCUAGAAAAGCGUUAUCUUUGAGAUUUAAUUUUAUGUUCAUUUGGAACAAGCCAUUGUAUGUGAUUACAUCUCCCGUGUGUCAUCAUACUGUACAUUGAGGCACCAUUCCCUGGCUCGUCUCCAGCGCAGUUAUCUAAUGGGAAGGUAUGAGAACUGGUGCAACCCGUUCUUCUCUAGUUCACCUUUGCUGCUCGCGAUGAUGGCACAUAUUAACACAAGCUGAAUGACUGUCUGCCUGAAUAACACGCCUGAUGAGAAAUAAACUCAAGUGUUUGUGGUUUAAACACAUUGUUUUACACCAGAUCGCUGCAAUGUAUUUACAGGAAACUGAGAUUUAGAAGCAAGUUGGGUUCUGUUUUUCUUCUGAACAAAAAAAAGCUUCGGUAAGCCCACUAGGAUGCUGUGAAUUUGGCCUCAAGCUUCUUCAUAAAAAGCACUUUGGCCGCUAGAGGGCGGUCCUGUUUUAAACAAUCUCCACUGCCACAAGACUGGAUAGGAACCAAAACGAUGGACAGCCUAUAAAUGGAUAAAAUAUAAAUCUAAAUCUGUAUCUUCAUAUAUAGCUAUAUAGAUCUCUAUCUAUCUAUCUAUAAGGUUCUGCAUACUUACCUAUUGCAUGUGAAUAAACUAUCAUAAAACAGAAAGAAAGGAUGCUCAUAUUCUUUGUGUCUUUUUACUGUACGGCAUAUUAUAAUAGUGGAUGAGUGUAUUUGAGAGAGAUCAAUCUCGUUUUAUUCUUUCAGGAAAAUUCUAGGCUGUUUUUAUAUUUGUUUGAACAUGACCCCCAACAUAACCAUAAAUGUGUAUAUAUAACGGACACUGUCAUGAUAGUCUGUUAUAAUAUUUGCAAUGACCUUACAUUUGCAUGCACAUCAUGAAAGAGCUUGGGGGGGGGGGGGUUAACAAAUUAGCCUCCUCAACAGUGUGAAAGCAAUUCUCUGGAUUUUUACUGCUGAGUAUUAAACUGCCAGUGGGGGAAAAAAAUGCAAAAUCAGUAACUUAAAGUCAAUAUCAAUUUAUGUGGAUUUAAACUCUAAACCUGUUGUUUUUAUAGUUUUGCAGUUGUAUUUGAUUUUGACUGAAGCUUUACUACGGCUACAUAGUUUUACAUUGAUGGGCAAGUUGCUGCAUCGUUUUAUUUACCAUGGUGUCAUCAGGAACCAAACAUAACCAUGUCUUGUGUUGUUGAGCUUAGAGGUGUGGUAUUUCACUGGAAAGGAGGGAAUUAAACAUGGUCAGAAUCUUUGGUAUUUCAUGACGCACAGACAAACGUCCUCAGACAGCGUCUGCCUGAAAAUCCUCGUACUUUUCUUCACUUGCAAGGCCAUCAAAGAGGAUUAGUGCAGACAAAGUGGCACGAAGCCAUUUCUGAGGUUCAAACAUGCCCGCCGUGUCAGUGCUGUGUUUUCUAAAGAGUCAAAACUGUAGUGUGGGUCUUUAACCUAAUAAUAAUAAUAAUGUUGAACGUUCAUUACAUCCACUUCCUUGCCAAAUGGCUUCAGAUAAUAAGCAAUGAGCCAAUCACAGCCAAACGAAUUUUUGCUGUUAAAACUUGUAGACCAUACUUUGGUUGUUCAAAUUCAUUGUUUAAUGAGAAUCUCAUGACAUCAUCAUUGAUAGAUUGUUUGGGGGAACUGCCAUGCCAUGUAAAAAAAAAUUAAAUAAAUAAAUAAAUGAUUGCUUUAUUUUUUGCCUUUUCUCUAAUCCAACAUAAAGCUGCCAUUCUUUCCCAUUUUUCACUAUCGAGAAUAAAAGAUAAUGAGGCCCUGAUGACUUGUAGGAAAUGCUUCAUCAUUUUUUUGCUCCCUGCUCCACGGAAAUAAAGUAUAUUUAUGAUAGCCUAAUGGCUUUUUGUGAGGGGCAAACACACAAUUGACUAUUAUGACAGCAGGGCCUUGGUAUUCACAAUGAUGAAGAGAAAUGCAACUUGGCAUUUAUCUUUGCAAAGAAAAUUACAUUAAGUUUCCACUCACACGAGAUGCAAUUUAAUAUCCUGUAGCUUUCCAAAAAUAGCAGACAGCCUGAGCAGGUAUUGUGCUGCUUUGUUCUUCGCUGGGUUUUAAAUAUACUUCUAUUUAAUCAUUCAACUAUUUAUUUAUUCACUUUUCUUGAUUGUUGAUUGUCCAAACACUGGAUUGAAUGACGACUGCCCUGCGACCAUUCCAGGGUCUACCCUCCUUCUUGCCCAAAGUCACAAGUGGUAGGCUGCAGCUCAGUGGCGUCAUUAGGCCUAUUUUAGGGGGGCUUCAGCCUUGAAUACGAUAGAAUAAUCCACCAGUAAGUGUCUUUUGGAUUGGUCUCCCCCCAAAAAAGUAAAAAAAAAAAAAAAAAAACUAAAAAAUGGGG